AUGUCGUAUUUUCUGACGCACUUGCCCACAGGCUGGCAUGUCGAUCAGGCCAUUUUAUCUGAAGAAGACCGCGUCGUGGUUCUGCGAUUUGGACAUGACUGGGAUGAAACCUGUAUGGUAAUGGACGAGACACUCUUUGGUGUGUCCGAGCGCGUCAAAAACUUUGCCGUCGUGUACCUGGUCGACACGACUCAGGUGCCCGACUUUAACAAGAUGUACGAGCUCUAUGAUCCGUGCACUGUUAUGUUUUUCUACAGGAACAAGCAUAUUAUGAUCGAUCUUGGCACAGGUAAUAAUAACAAAAUCAACUGGGCCAUCGACAGCAAGCAAGAAAUGAUUGAUCUCAUCGAGACAGUGUACCGCGGCGCAUCCAAGGGACGCGGUCUCGUUGUUAGCCCCAAAGACUACUCCACUCGAUACAGCUACUAA